AUGUCUGUAAGGGAAAGAGCUCGCAAGGCCUUUCAAGCUACAAGAGCUUUAGGUCUUCCUGAUCAAGAGGUUACACCGGUGCUGGAACACCUCCUGAAAUUGUUUAAUAACAACUGGGAUCUAAUUGAGUCAGAAGACUAUCGAGCACUUAUCGAUGCAUAUUUUGAGCUCAAGGAAAAUAAAGGAGAAGAUAAUCGGAAAAAUGUCGUUGGGGAUUAUGGUGAGUCUAGCAGAUUGCCUAAACGGUUGUGCUUGCAAGAUUCCGAAGGUCAGGCUUCACCUACAAAGGGUAGUGCAAGGCAAAUUUUAUCUCCUGAAGAGCACGGAAAGCCUAGUAGUGUAAACCUUCAACAGGGAGCUACCUUUUUGAAUAAGAAAGAUUCGAGUUCUUCUGGUUGUUCGAAUUUAUGUAAAAAGCCUCAACAGCAACCUGUUACUUGCGAGAAAAACAGGCCCUUGCAUAUUAUAAACGACAUAACUAAGGGCACGGAAAAUGUGAAAAUUUCUUUGGUAGGUGAUAUUGGCAAGCAGGAACUGCCAAAGUUUACGUACAUGCGAGACAACAUAAUAUAUCAAGAUGCUUAUGUGCAUAUCUCAUUGGCUCGGGUUGCUGAUGAGGAUUGCUGUUCGGGUUGUUCAGGAGACUGUCUUUCAGUAUCGAUACCUUGUGCCUGUGCCCAUGAAACUGGUGGCGAGUUUGCUUACACAACAGAUGGUCAACUAAGAGAUAAAUUUCUUAAAGCCUGUAUAUCUAUGAAACAGGAUCCCGAGGGGCACGACUCCGUUUACUGUCAGGAUUGUCCAUUAGAGAGGUUGAAAAAUGAGUAUAAGCCCGAAAAAUGCAAGGGCCACUUGGUCAGGAAAUUCAUUAAAGAAUGCUGGAGAAAAUGUGGAUGUAGCAUGCAGUGCGGGAAUCGAGUUGUACAGAGAGGUAUUACAUGCAAAUUGCAGGUGUUCUGGACUCGAGAAGGGAAAGGUUGGGGUGUUAAGACACUCCAGGACUUGCCAAAAGGAACCUUUGUUUGUGAAUAUGUUGGGGAGAUCUUGACCAAUACCGAGUUAUUCGAGCGGAAUCUGAAAGGUAGUGGCAAUGAGAAACACACAUAUCCUGUAACACUGGAUGCAGACUGGGGAUCGGAGAGAGUUUUAAAGGAUGAGGAGGCACUUUGCCUGGAUGCAACUUUCUGUGGAAACGUUGCCAGGUUUAUUAACCAUAGAUGCUUUGAUGCAAACUUGAUUGACAUUCCAGUUGAAGUGGAGACUCCUGAUCGCCAUUAUUAUCAUCUUGCCCUUUUUACUACUAGAGAUGUGAGAGCUUCAGAAGAGUUAACAUGGGACUAUGGGAUAGACUUCAAUGAUGAUGAGCACCCAAUUAAGGCAUUCAAAUGCUGCUGCAGAAGUGCAUUUUGUCGAGAUGUGAAACGAUAAGGUUUGUCUGUAUAUUUUCCAACCAUCAAACUCAUGGACUUUACCCUACAUUUUACUGAAGAAUCUCUGUUUCUUUA